GGCUGCUGUGGGUGGAGGCAAAGGGUGACGAGACCCACGGGCUAUAAAACUUAACAAACCAGGGAGGGAGAGUGCACCAUCCCAGAGUAAAAGGACCCCGGCAAAGCACCGACAGGACUCAGCAGGUCGACCAUGUGUGACGAGGAGGAAAGCACAGCGCUGGUUUGCGACAACGGCUCCGGACUGUGUAAGGCUGGCUUCGCCGGGGAUGACGCUCCUCGCGCGGUUUUCCCUUCCAUCGUGGGCCGCCCCCGGCACCAGGGCGUCAUGGUUGGGAUGGGCCAGAAAGACAGCUAUGUAGGUGACGAGGCUCAAAGUAAGAGAGGUAUCCUAACCCUGAAAUAUCCCAUCGAGCACGGAAUCAUCACAAAUUGGGACGAUAUGGAGAAGAUCUGGCACCACACUUUCUACAAUGAGCUUCGAGUGGCUCCCGAAGAACAUCCAACUCUGCUCACCGAGGCUCCCCUCAAUCCCAAAGCCAACCGCGAGAAGAUGACCCAGAUCAUGUUUGAGACAUUUAACGUGCCAGCCAUGUAUGUUGCAAUCCAAGCCGUUCUAUCCCUUUACGCCUCCGGCCGUACAACCGGUAUAGUGCUGGAUUCCGGAGAUGGUGUCACCCACAAUGUGCCAAUCUACGAAGGCUACGCCCUGCCCCAUGCCAUCAUGCGUCUGGACCUGGCUGGCCGUGAUCUCACAGACUACCUCAUGAAAAUCCUCACUGAGCGCGGCUAUUCGUUCGUCACUACAGCUGAACGCGAGAUUGUCCGUGACAUUAAAGAGAAGCUCUGCUAUGUAGCUCUCGACUUUGAGAAUGAAAUGGCCACUGCAGCCUCCUCUUCCUCUUUGGAGAAGAGUUAUGAGCUGCCUGAUGGCCAGGUCAUCACCAUUGGCAAUGAGCGUUUCCGCUGCCCCGAGACUCUCUUCCAACCUUCUUUCAUUGGGAUGGAGUCUGCAGGUAUUCAUGAGACUACAUACAACAGCAUCAUGAAGUGUGAUAUCGACAUCAGGAAGGAUUUAUACGCCAACAACGUACUGUCUGGAGGUACCACCAUGUACCCUGGUAUCGCUGACCGUAUGCAGAAGGAAAUCACUGCAUUGGCUCCCAGUACCAUGAAAAUCAAGAUAAUUGCUCCUCCUGAGCGCAAGUAUUCAGUAUGGAUUGGUGGCUCCAUUCUCGCUUCACUCUCCACCUUCCAGCAGAUGUGGAUUAGCAAGCCCGAAUAUGAUGAGGCCGGUCCAUCUAUUGUACACCGCAAAUGCUUUUAAACUGUUGUCUCUUCUCUCCCCCGCCUCCCUCUCUUUUUCUCUCUUUCGUAUCUUGUUGCAACAAAAAAACUGUGAAAGUGCAACAAGAGAAACAUUUGUCUGUUUUCAUUCCAUUGCUCUGUCACCAAACAUUACCUGUAGCUUUAAAUGAACGAAUGGGAGUUUUUAAAAUAAAGUCAGAAUGUGCCGCCAGUAUUUUCACAAAUUGACUCGUUUCCUGAAAUAUAUUAGAUACCUAUUUAUUUAGCUAAUGUCUAACUACUUUGACAUAAACAGAGCAAGAAUUCCAGAUAAAAUUUAAACCUGCACCUUGGUUUAUUUAUUUCAAAAUGUCAAUGGUUCAGUGGCACCAUGUUUCAUUUUAAAAUUACUUUGAAGCUUUUGACUUCAGAUUAAAAGGUCUCCCAUUGCUACCCUUAUAACCUGUCCACAUUUUCCUGUGUUUCCUUUCACUAAGAUGUGUUCUGCUUUUACAUCAUUUGGGGAUACAAUUGUCUUGAAUUUAUUGCUAUUAAAGAAAAUGGUUUCAGAAA